AUGUCAUCUUCGUCGUUUUCACAGAUCAGGUCCCAAGCUUUAAACCUGGAAACACAAACAGAAGCACUACUAUCUAAAUAUUCACAAAUAUCAUCACAAUUAUCACAAUCAUUAGAACCUUCACCAGAAGAAAAUACAAUAAAACAACAAAUAAAAGAUAUACUAAUAAAAAGAGAAACACUUUUACAAAAAUUAAAUAGAAUAAGUGAAUCAUCAACUCAAGAAUUAUCUACAUCAAAAAUUCAACAAAUUCAACGUCAUUUACAAAAUUUAAAAGAUAAUGAAAAAACUUUUAAUAAAAUUGAUCAAAUAAUAAAAGAAGAAAGAGAUAGAAAUAAUUUGUUAUUUUCAGUUCAAUCAGAUAUCUCAAAUCACAAGAGAAGAAAUAACCCUACCGAAAAUGAAGAAAUAAAUCAAGAUUCAUAUAUAUUAGAAGAAAGUCAAAGAUCAGACAAUUUAAAUUCAAUAGCAAAUAGAUUAUUACAAGGUGCUUAUCAAACAAGAGAUGAAUUAAUUAAUCAAAGAAAUCUUUUAUCAAAUUCAAAUUUAAAUAUAAUGAAUAAUUUACAAUCAAUACCUGGUUUAAAUGUUUUAAUAUCAAAAAUUAAUUCAAGGAAAAAAAGAGAUACUUUAAUUUUGGCUGUUGUUAUUGCUGUUUGUAUAUUGUUGUUGUUUUUUGUAUAA